AACACAUCGCUCAAUGAAAACAAAUAAUUCAAGUGGUAAUUUAUUGAAAUUCUUGGUUCGUCGCUAAAAGCGCAUUGAAACUUUAAGUUGAGCGAAAUAUAAAAACGCAACGUAGUUUGGCUUUGAAGAUGAUUAUGGCCGAGCUAUCUCUCUGCUAUCCAUGCUCGAAUCAGCUGAAUCUUCGAAUUUGGCGCCAAACGGAGCGCUCACGAUUGAAGCUCGUUUCUGAUUAAAUAUCGGACUUUUCAGUCAACAAAACUUACCUGGAAAUUGAAAUGAGUCGCCAGGAAAAAGACCUACCAUGGAUUGAAAAGUAUCGGCCGAAAACGGUCGAUGAUGUAGCUUCACAGGACGAAGUUGUUUCCGUCUUAAAGAAAUGUCUCACCUCGGGUGACCUGCCCCAUCUUUUAUUUUAUGGACCGCCUGGAACCGGUAAAACGUCCACAAUCCUUGCUCUCGCUAGGGAUCUUUUCGGAACAGAGUUUCGCCAAAGAGUACUUGAGUUAAAUGCCUCAGAUGAGCGAGGUAUCUCCGUUAUUCGAGAUAAGGUAAAAACGUUCUCUCAGAUGACGGCAAAUCAGGGUAAAAUUCGUUACAGGAUUGUCAUUCUCGACGAGGCUGACUCAAUGACUCGAGAUGCUCAGACAGCUCUUCGGCGUAUAAUGGAAAAAUACACAAAAACAACACGCUUUUGUCUUAUCUGUAACUACGUUACCAAAAUUAUACCUCCGCUCAACUCCAGAUGCUCCAAAUUUCGUUUCAAGCCACUGCCUACUCAGGUUCUGAUUGAUAAACUGGACACGAUUUGCGCUAUCGAGAGCGUUUCUUUCGCCAAUAGAAAAUCAGACCUUUGCUUCUUGAUUGAGGUGUCCGAAGGUGAUAUGAGACGAGCCCUGACCCUGUUGCAGAGCGCACAUCGAAUCUGCCGUGACUCCACCGGUGUUACAAAAGAAGAUAUAGGGUCCAUUGCUGGUGUGAUACCGGAUCAGAUUGUGCGAGACCUCUAUUCGGAGCCGGUACUCGAUAGGCUCACCAAAAAGGUUCGGGAGUUUAUUAGAGAAGGUUACUCAGGGGAUCAACUACUCACGCAGCUGCUCCAGGUUGUUAUUGAAGAUGACGCCAUAACCGACAUUAAUAAGGCUAAGCUUCUUGAAAAAAUUGCGGUAGUCGAAUAUCGUUUGAAGGACGGCGCUUCUGAGCUUAUCCAACUACAGGAUCUCGGUGCAACCAUAGUGGAAAUGACGCGAAAAUAACCGAAGAAGCUUCGUUUAAUAGUACUAUUUUAUGACUGGUAGUUUGCCAUGUAUUUUGAUAGGCUUUGCAGAAAUACGUUACGAACAAACUGCGCAUUAACAAAACAAUGUAAAUACACACAUUGAUUUCAAUGAAGAUUAUAGAAAUAAUGAUGCCUACACGAAUAAUACAUAUAAUAAAUUGGAAUAGAAGUUUUGGUGUC